AAAACGCAUUAUUUGAGCAGUAUGUGUUUGAUGUGUUGACUUUGAGAUUCAACUAUGCACGCUGGAAUACAAAAAAAGACUUAAACAGCUGUUGGGAGUUACAACAAUAAUUGUACAUUUUUUAGAAAAGACUAGAUUUCGUCUUCUGAACCCGUCUUUGCAGUUCACAAUGAUGCGUGCAGCCGUCGGUAUCUGGAUCUUAUCAGCAGUGAUCUGCGUGGGGAGAGGCCAUCACUCUGAUCAUGGCAACCAUAGUCACCGUGGUCGACCAGAUCAAGACACUGCACCAGACGGCCGUGCCAACAGCUUCCUUCAGUUCUCCAUCAAGACUUCCAACACAUUGAAUGAUGUGUUGAUGGAAAUGGGAAUGACGCACAUGUUUGGUGAACGUGCGGAUUUGAGUGGCAUUUCAGAUGGGAACCAACUCUCAAUCUCGGAAGUUGUUCACCAAGCUACCCUGGAUGUCGAUGAGGCCGGAGCCACCGCUGCAGCCGCCACUGGCGUUGGCUUUAUUAAACAGUCCUUCCACCAAAUCCCUGUCUUGAAGUUCAAUCGUCCAUUCAUGGUUAUGAUCACUGAACGCAACACAGAUAAAGUGCUCUUCAUGGGAAAGAUUAUUAACCCAAACCUCUGAUGGAACAGGCAUUUAAUGUUUGCUUGGGGUUUGCUGUUGAAUCACAUAUAAAAUACUGAGAAAAUCAA